CACUAGCUAUUUCUCACGAGGAAAAAAUAAAUUUCUCGUGGAAAAUCUUCAUCCCCAACGAGUGCAGUUAUUACGAAAUACAUUUAAAAAAUCAUCGAUUUAUUUCCUCGAUAAUUAGCACUAUUUGUGAAGUCAAUAGUUGAAGUUGUACAACUACGCGUGACGUCAUAACGCUGUGUGUCCGCGAUGCACACUGGGAAAUGGUGUCUGCCAUCUUGAAUGGCAUGGUCCUUUUUGGCUGCGGUAGUUGCGUUGACGAUAAGAAAUGGCGAUUAUUCGUGAACAUAAUAGUGGAAUAGUCUUCAAAAACUUGUAGGAAUUGAAUUGAAUAUUAGUGCACUGUACUGUUUGAUAAUACAAGCAACAAUGGACGCUGUUAAGGCAUUCAAUGCUGAGCUCUCGGCUCUUUACGAAGUGAAGCCACCGAUAUCAAAAGCUAAAAUGAAUUCUCUGACCAGAGGUGCUAUAAAAGCCAUCAAAUUCUACAAGCACGUCGUUCAGAGUGUCGAGAAGUUCAUCCAAAAGUGUAAGCCAGAGUACAAAGUUCCUGGUCUCUACGUGAUAGACUCCAUCGUUCGGCAGUCGAGACAUCAAUUCGGAGUUGAGAAGGACGUGUUUGCCCCUCGUUUCGCCAAGAACAUGCAGACAACAUUCCUGAAUCUGCUCAAGUGUCCCCCAGAGGACAAGAGCAAGGUGAUUCGAGUCCUCAAUCUCUGGCAGAAGAACGCAGUCUUUCCCCCUGAGGUUAUUCAGCCCCUCUUCGACCUGGCAGACCCCAAUCACCCGAUCCACAAAGAACAAUCCAUCAGCUCGAAUGGAGCCUUGAAUCAAUCGAACAACCUCGGCAGCUUUGGCAUGAUCUCCAGAAGUUCUCCAGGAACCAAGACCAAGCAAACGAUAGACCCAGCCUGGCUGGCUCAGACGAAACUGGAAGCUGCUAACAUGGUCAACGCCAAACAGAUGCUUGGACAAGCUGGUGGAAACCAGGUCGACGCAUCAUUCCUCGAUCAACUCCAACAUCUUCAACAGCUACUCCUCAAGAAGCAGGAAGCCACGAGCGAGGCCCAGAGUUCAGUUAAAUUCGACAAGAAACUUCUGGAUUUUGACUAUGGUGAGGAGGAGGACGAUGACGUAAUGGUGGCUAGUUCACCAGCAGCUGCAGCAACGGCAGGACAGCACACUACUGGUGGCAGUGGUAGCUUGGAGAGUCUGGGACUAUUGCUGACGAAUCCUGAGGUGCUUCGACAGUUGCAGACCCUUCAGCAGACGAUGCAGGGAGGUGCGUCCUCAACUCAGCAUGAGAUGGAGGAAAAAAUGAGGAAACUUCAGCAGAUGAAGCAGCAGGAGGAUGAGUUCGAUAAGCACCUGGCCCAGACUGUUCCCAAUCUGCCAUUUGCUUCUGAAUGUGAGCUGAAACCGUCUGAUGUCAUCAAGCCAAGUGCACACGUUUAUAAUCCACCUGGAGUUAUGCAACAGGAUAUGAGCCAGCCUCCACCAGGCUAUCCUCCAGCAUUUAUGUCCCAGCCAGCUGGGGGCAUGAGACAAUCGAUUCAUCAGAAAAGUCCUCUGUUGGACGAACGUCCGGACUCGCAGGACUACCAGGGCUCUACCACCAGGCGUGACUCUAGCAGCGUUGAGAUUGUUAAUCUGGAUUCUGUGAGGUCCCAGAGCAGAUCUCCUGAUAGAUUUCGCAGGCACAGUAGAUCGAGAUCUCCGAGGCAUCGGAGUGAUCGGGGAAGGGAUAGGGACAGGGAUAGGGACAGGAAAUCCAGGUCUAGGAGCAGAUCGAGACGCAGGAGAUCGAGGUCCAGGGAACGAAAGAGGGACGAGAGCAGGGAGAAGGUGACCGAGGAGGAGAGGGAGAAGCAGAGGGAACGGAGGAAGAGGGGACUCCCUCCGAUUGUUAGGGAGAAGAUGAGUGUUUGCAGCACAACUUUGUGGGUUGGGCAUUUAUCGAAGCUCGUACAUCAGGAAGAGCUGUCUGAUACUUUUGGGGAGCUCGGGGAUAUCGUCAGUAUUGACCUCAUUUCGCCUCGGGGCUGUGCUUUCAUCUGCAUGAAUCGAAGACAGGAUGCUUAUCGAGCCCUGACUAAGCUGAAGAAUCAUAAGAUGCAGGGGAAAGCUAUCACUUUGGCCUGGGCACCUGGAAAAGGUGUCAAGGGGAAGGAGUGGAAGGACUACUGGGAAGUGGAGCUGGGAGUCAGCUACAUACCCUGGAAUAAACUCAACAAUGUCAAUGAACAUGAUCUUGAGCUGCUGGAGGAAGGGGGAAUGAUUGAUGAGGAUACUUUGCCAGCUAGAUUAAUUGGAAAAUUGAAACACUCUGCAGCUAAUGAAGGGAGCCAGAGUAUACCGAUCCCAAUGAGUGGUGCACCAAUUCCAACCUUGACUGAUGGAAUUGUCAACGUUUUGCCGGCUACUUCUUCGAGUUCCCAACCGACUAUCGUUGAUACCAGUCAGCCACCUCCAAUCAGAACAACUCCCUCCACUGGACUUUUGCCUCCAACAAGUGCCCAGAUGUCUAUGAUGCCUCCUGGUUUCCCCAUAACGGGUGUACCACGUAUGCUGGGACCUAUGGGACUAUCAAUGGCCCAUGGACUGAUGCCGAAUGUUCCAAUAGGGGUGCCACCACCCAACAUGCAAGGUCUACUGGGACCCCCUGGAAUCAUGCAAUCGAUGUUGACACCUCCAGUGAAUUCACCAUUUGGUACUGGUGUGGGCGUUGGUCUCCUCACCCAAAUUCCAUUGCCAGCACCUGCAGCACCUGCUGCUCCAUCAGACAAAUCAAGCUCCACAGGGAUGCCUGCAUCAACCCCAGGUGACACAAAUCUCCCAAAUCUUCCAAUGCUUCGCCAAGCGUUCGGAGUUGGUCCCCCACCACCUCCUCUGCAAAUGCCGAUGCAGGCACAGCAUUCUGACGACAUGGAUGUUGAGAUGGAGGACGUAAUGCCCCAAAAUGCCAAUCCACCGAAGGACAAGCCCAAUCUGAGUGAUCAGUUGCUGGCAGUGAUGGCAAAGGGUCCUCUUGGUGACAGAAAUGCUGAGAAUAGUGACAGAGACUUCAGAGAUCGCGAUCGAGAGAGAGACAGGGAGAGACGAGACAGGAGUGAUCGUGAUAGAGACAGGGAUGGUGGGAGAGACAGAGGGAGAGGUAGAGAUAGAGGAAGGGAUCGUCGAAGGGAGAGAGACAGAGAUGACAGGAGGGAUGAGAGGAGAGAUCGUGAUGCAUUGAGACCUCACGAUGGGCCAAUGCCAGGACUCCUGCAGGAGCCAGAUAUGGGGGUCAAGAAGGAUAAACUCAGUCUUGCUGAUAGACUCAGACAAUUGGCUGAUGGAACUCUCCCAAUGGACGACAGAAUGGAUCGAGGUAGAGAGAGGAAUGAUCGGAGUAUGGAGAGAAAUGAUCGAAGCAUGGAACGUCCUCCACCCUUUGAGGAGCCUCUGAAUGUCCGCAGGCCUGUAGAUGGUCCUCCAUCACUCCUGGAUCUACCCAAAUUCCCUCCAACCCCGGGAGAUCGAGAAUUCGUACCUAGGGCUGAGUUCAGGGGUCCCCAGGACAUUCGCGAAUUCCCAAGAAACGAUCGUGAUCGAGUCUUUCCACCUCGAGGUGGCAGAGGCCCACUGGAUGAUUUUCCAGAUCCUAGAAUGAUGCCUGGAAGAUUCCCAGAGGACUUUGAUGGACGUCUCGGACACAAUGGACCUCGUCCUGAUGACUUUGAUCAUCGAUUACAUCCGAGGGAGGAGUUUGAGAGGCCUGAGAUGCGACGCAUGCCGGUGGACGAGUACGAGGCGGAGAGAUUUGAGUUUGAAAGACGUCAGAGGGAGGGCUUCGACCCCAGGAUGGCUGAUGGAUUCGAUCCUCGAUUGCAUCCUGAUCAUCCCGAUUUCGACAUGAGGAGGCGAGAAUUCUUUGGACAUAUGGAGCCUGCAUUCGGCCCUAUGAUGAAUUCUAGGGGACCUAGGGGGCCUAUGGUUGCUGAGCCUUUUGGACCGAGGCCGGGAAUGGGAAAUAGAGGGGGUCCACAUGGUCCCCCAAUGUUCCAUCCCCGUGGCAUGGGCCCUCGAGGACCCAUACGACCAGGGAUGCGUCAGUUCGGCCCCAGAGGACCUCCAUUUGAUCCCAGAGAAGGUGAAGCCUUCUUCAGACCAUUUGACGAGGGUCGUGGUCCCAUAGGUCCCCCACCCCCCUUCAGAGGUCCUCACAUGCCAGAAGGUGGCCCCUGGAGAGGCGAGAAUGGUCCCUGGAUGGAUGGUAACAAUGGUAUUGAGGGAGACGAUAUACCACGAGAUAAUCAUCCCAACAGAGACACUCCAAAGGGCCACAAGCACCAGGACAGGGACAACAGAGACAGGGAGAGAAAAUCCAGGGACAGAAAGUCCAGGUGGGGCAAUGCCAGUCCAUCUCAGGAGCAGCCUGAUGGGCCACCAGGUGAAUGUGAGCCUCGAGACAACAGAAAACAUAGCAAUGAACCUGGGGAGAGUUGGGAGGAGCCAGCUGCUCCAAGAGCUUCAGCUGAUGAGCGAGCACUACCAGAGUCCAACGAACAAUCAAAUAAUCCCAUGGUACAUGAAAAUGUGGUUAAGGAGGACAUUGUCAGGCCCAGUCAGGAUCGUCAUGAGCCUUUUUAUGGGGAUAAUCAUGUACCAAUCAACGAAAAUAUUCCACAACAAUACGACGAACGUGUUAAUGAGGUGACAGAGACCGUUCAUGUCCAGGAAUUUUGUGAAAAUAAGUUAAGUGAAGAGCCAACAAUCAUUACUGACAAUGUGCAGGCAUCUGGACCACUUGAAUCCACUGAUAAUUGUGAGCAAAAUAAUGUCACUGAGGAGCCAACAAGCGCAGAGGCUUUGUAACGGCUCUAAGAGACCUUUCUAUUCCCCGAUUGAUGAGAUAAUUCAAGGAUGAGAGUGACCAAAGUAUUGAGACUUUCUCUGGGGAUCUCUCAAACCCCUGAAUAUGUAAAUUAAAUAUACGGAGGCAUUAAUUGAGGUGUACAUACAGGAUAUUGAAAAGGCUAGGUAACUAAGGAACAAAGUGAAAAAAAGGUUUUUUUUUGCUCUUUGAAGACUUGUGCUGGCCUUUUUCGGAGUGGUGGGGAUACUGUGAGUCCAGUGAGUCUCAAUUAGAAUAUUCUUCUUCUAUCUGUCUCUUGGAUUUUUUUUGUUUACUCUUUCUUGAGUAGUCCGCAAUUGUGGAGAGUCAAAAUUUUUGAUAAAACUUGGUAAUAACUAUUGCUGCUUAAAAGAAACAAAACAUUGCUGUGAUAGUGAACACAGGACCUAAUUUCCAUUUAAUGUACAUAGGGUAUUUAUAACAGAACGUAGAUUGGUUCUCUAUUGUAGAUUGAACUGAGGGAUAUGCCAUAGUUUUCGAUAUAUUUGACAAUGAAAAACCAUGGAAGGACAACCGUAAUUUUUGGCUCAGAGAUAAUUGGUUGAUCGGAAUUAUUGUUUCCUCAGAUGAAACAUGUAAAUAUAUAUAGAUAUAUAUUUUUUAAAUUGGAUCAAUUUAUUUAAAUAUUCGAAUGAUUAUUUUGACAACGUUAAUUUGCUAUCAGAAUGCUGCGAAGGGUAUGAUACGGCGAGUGUAUUGUACCUCGAGAACAAAAAUGAUAAAGGGAAUGAUUCUCUGAUAAUUUAUUGAAUUGUACAUAAUUUUAUAUUUUUCUAGAAAUGGAAAAAAAAACAGAUACAAACGAAUGAAUUGAUAUUGUGCAGAUCAUUGCUCAAUUUCUAUGAAAAAAAAAACCAAUACCGAAAAAUAAAUAUUUUCUACGUAUUGUUUUUCACCAAAAGUAAAUGGCGUUGUCAUUCCAGUUUUUUUUUAUAACGAUAAAACAAAUUUCACGUGGAACCGAUUUACCCUACCGUUUAUUUUUCAAUAUUCAUUGCAGAGUUUGAGGUAGAAUAGUUGAAAAAAGAAAUUAGUAUUCAGGUGAAGCAAAUUAUCGAAUUAUUGAGGAAAAUAUAAGAUUAUUGAAUGGAAAAAUAAGUAGAUGGUGGAAGAUUCGAAUAGCAACUCUGGUUCCUGUGUUCACGCACGCACGUUGACUUGCACGUCUCGCAGCAGCGUUGGAAAACACGCGCUUGCGCUCAAACUGAGUGACAAGUGCAAGGUACUGUUCAAUCACAAAUUACAUUUAUCAACCGAGAUGAGAGAACAUUGAGAGAUAGUAGGAAAUUUAAUAGUUUUUUUUCCCUUCAAUUGAGAGCCACGGAGACCAUGUCACACCACUCCAGGGUCCAAAGUACCUCAAUAAAUGAUCACCGAAUUUAUAUCUAUAACGAUUUGUAUUAAAAUUAGAUAAUUCAACGAUGUUAUGAUUCGUUAAUCUUGCUGGAGGGAAAGAAUGUAAUGUAAGUUUUAUUUCCAGAUUUUGAGAGUUGAGUUCGACUUCUUUGCAGGACUAGGAAUAAUCGAGGAAAACAAUCAUUGACGUUUGAAUGUACUGUGGGGUGGUACGUGGCCCUCAAUUGUUGAUGAAGAAAAAUUUGUAUCAAUGAUUUUUGUCUGGUGCUGGUAAUUUUCGUGUGAAGCACAUCUGGAUUAUGAUUACUUUCUCCUUAGUGUAACAUUCCUAGCACAAUAUCUCGUGAGAAAUCCCACUUUUUGUUGAGUUUAAGAAAGAGAGAGAUACGAAGAAGUUGAGGGGAGAAAAGGCCAGAAUUGUUUACCCUGCAACUGCCUUUUUGCCACUGGUGAACUUGUCAUUUCACAUGUUUCCUCGAAUAUUUUCAAACGAUUGAAAUAAAAACAUUUGUAUUGAUUAAUCAA